GAGGAUGAGGACUCCCGCCCUGCAGGCCAGUCCAUUUUUGGCCCCGGGGACUGGCGGCAGGGAGACAAAGGCGGUGGGAGGCAGAGGCAUGUGUGUGUGUGUGUCCCCCUCCCACGUCCCCCUGUGUCCCCAUUGUCCGUGGCCGGGAUGGGGGGAGGAACCAGGGGGAGGGACCCGGGUCCCCACAGUGCCGUGAUGCCCGGGGCGCCCCGCGCUGCCGGCGGCUCGGGGGGCUUUGGGGGGGCUCCGGGCGCGGCCGGGCGAAGCGGCCCCCUCCCCCCCCGACCGCCUGCCUUCCUCCUCCUCCCCCUCUUCCCCUCCUCCUCUCUUCCUCCUCCUCCUCCUCCUCCUCGCCGCCCUGCCGCCUCCCCGCCCCUCGCACUCGCCUCCCCGCGCCUCUCCGUGCGCACCGCCGGGGCUGAGCGCCGGGGCCGGGGCGGGGGGGGGGCCGGGGCCGGUGCGGGGGCCGGGGCCGGUGGCGGUGCCGGUACCGGAGGUGUCCAGCGCUGCCCGGCCCCGCCAUGCCCCGCUCCUUCCUGGUGAAGAAGCUGAAAGCGGAGGCGUUCCCGGCCGCCGGGGCCCCCGCGCCCCCCUACGCCCCCCUGGAGCCCCCCUACACGCUGCCCGGCCCCGCCGCCGGCGAUGGGUACCUCCAGCACUGCCUGGCGCCAGCCGGCUAUGACACCGACAAGAAGCAAGGUCURCCACCACCGCCGCCGGACCCAGCCUACGCACCCGGCCACGAGGAGUACAGCGAUCCCGAGAGCCCCCAGUCCAGCUUUUCUGCCCGCUACUUCAACGGGGAGGCAGCGGUGACAGACAGCUACUCCAUGGAUGCCUUCUUCAUCACGGACGGGCGGUCUCGCCGGCGCAGCGAGAGCCAGCGCCGUGGCAGCCACCGCCACUCGUGCCCCGAGUGCGGCAAGACCUACGCCACCUCCUCCAACCUCAGCCGGCACAAGCAGACCCACCGCAGCCUGGACAGCAAGAUGGCGAGGAAAUGCCCCACCUGCGGGAAGGCGUACGUCUCCAUGCCCGCCCUGGCCAUGCACGUCCUCACCCACAACCUCAAGCACAAGUGCGACGUGUGCGGCAAAGCCUUCAGCCGGCCCUGGCUGCUGCAGGGCCACAUGCGRUCCCACACCGGSGAGAAGCCSUUCGGCUGCKCSCACUGCGGRAAAGCCUUCGCYGACCGCUCCAACCUGCGCGCCCACAUGCAGACCCACUCCGCCUUCAAGCACUACAAGUGCAAGCAGUGCGAGAAGACCUUCGCCCUCAAGUCGUACCUCAACAAGCACUACGAGUCCGCCUGCUUCAAGGGCUCCGAACACAGCUGUGCAAUAGGGAACUAGCCCCCCGACCCCUGUGGCACAUCCCCAUUCCCAUCCUCAUCCUUGUAUCCGAUCCUCAUCCCCGUCCCCAUCUCAUCCCAUACCCAUCCCCAUCCCCAUUCCCCUAUACAUCCCACUCUGCCCCCAUCCCCAUCCUG